AUUUCUGCGCCGGCUUGACGUUUUCCGAGAAAACACAUGAUUUCGAUUCAAAACAGCAAAUAAUAAAUAAAAGUUAGCACACAGACUACACCACCGAUGGCUUUGCUGUGUUGCCGUGCAAUCCUGCGAUUCUCGUCCCGCAGUUACCACUAUUACCGAAUAAAGGAUCUUUCGCCGGACAACUGUAAACCGGGCAAUAAAGUGAACGUUAAAGGAUGGGUCAAAUCGAUCCGGAACAUGAAGGGCAAUCUGUUCGUGGACAUAAACGACGGUUCGGGUCCGCAAAACUUCCAGCUCGUGAUCAACAAGGAGAAAGCCAUCGACACUGCGUACGGCUGUUCGGUCGAUGCGUGCGGAGUCCUCGUAGCCUCGCCAAAGAACCAGCUUGAGCUGCACGUGGACACCCUGACCGAGGUGGGCAAAUGUCCCCUGACCGAGGGUUACCCGUUCUACCCGAAGAAAUCGUACCCGCCCGAGUACAUCCGCAAUCAUCUGCAUUUGCGCUCCCGCGUAAACUCCAUGGCAUCGACGUUCCGGGUGCGGCACGAGGCAACGCGCGCGUUCAACGAGUACCUGCAGCGGGGGGGCUUUGUCCAGAUUCACACGCCCGUGCUAACGUCAAAUGACUGCGAAGGUGCCGGCGAAGCGUUCCUGGUGAAGCCGCUGAACGAACAGCUGCUGAAAGGCAUGGCGAAGGAAAACGUUCCCCUCGAACACGCCUACUUCGAUAGAGCCACCUUCCUGACGGUUUCCGGCCAGCUGCACCUGGAAGCGAUGACGCACGGUUUGGACAAGGUGUACACGUUCGGGCCAACGUUCCGGGCGGAGAACUGCAAGUCCAACAUUCACCUGUCCGAGUUCUACAUGCUGGAGCUGGAGGAAGCGUUCAUGGGCACGCUGGACGAGCUAACGCACCGGGUGGAAGAUAUGUUGAAAAGCGUCACCAAGAGUGUAAUUGAUCGCAGUGCGGCAGACCUAAGCGUGGUGAGAAAAUCGAACAGCCAGGACGGUGGUGGCCAGCUCGAGGACUGCUUCCGAUGGAUCGAUAAACCAUUCCCGCGGCUAACGUACGACGAAGCGAUGCACAUACUGCAGGCGAACGAGGCGAAACUGAAGUCUCCCGUACGGCGGGAGGAGGGCAUUAAUAAGGAGCAGGAACUGUUCCUCGUCGAGCACUGCCAGAGUCCGGUGUUUGUGUGUCUCUGGCCGAAGGAAAUCAAGUCGUUCUAUAUGCGAGAAAAUGCGCAAAAUCCUUCCCUGGUCGACGCGCUCGAUCUGCUCGUCCCGCACGUCGGCGAACUGGUGGGCGGCAGUGUGCGUGAGGAUAGUUACGAUCGUUUGCGGCGCAAGCUGCCGAACGCGGACGUCCUGCAGUGGUACUUGGAGUUGCGCAAAUUCGGAAGCGUCACGACGGCCGGCUUCGGGAUGGGAUUCGAGCGAUACCUGGCGUGGCUACUGAACGUUCACAACGUGAAGGAUGUGAUACCGUUUCCCCGGUGGGCGCACAACUGUGUGAUGUAGUGGAGUGGCAAGUGGUAGUCUAGUCUCGGAAGGCUCCCCAGCGUUAUGCGUUGUGAGUUUACAAUUUAUUUGAUGUACGAAAUAAAUAUAGUUCCAUGUGGAGAGGAGUA